AAAGCUCCUUGGUAGGCGUAAGAGAAGCAAGGAGAAGAAAGCUAGAGCUGCUGGAGUUCCAGUUAUAGCCAGAUCAGAGAGUACCGUUUUUGUAGUCCUCCGUCGAGAAUCCGUCGGUCUGUCAAACGUUACCAUUGCCAAAUUUAGCAGUUUUGAGAAGUUUCUGAUUCGCGCUAGAUUCUAGGCUAAUAAGGAUUAGAACAAAGGAAAUCGGCGGCGGCGGCCUUGUAUCGAUAAAUCUGGCGAUCGUGGAAGGCCUGAGGGCGAGAUCGUCUCUGAAGCCUGAAGCUGCAGGCAUUGGCCGUGGAGGAGGUGAUCUAGACAGCGACGACGACGACGACGGCGUCCAUGUCCUCAGCUUUAGGCGGUGGCGGCGGAGACUUCUCUCCAGGGUGAGAGGACUCUCAUUCACCUGGGGCUUCGGCCUGCGGCUUUUGCUCUUCAUCGCCGCCAUCGCCACCUUCUAUACGGCAUUCUCUUCUCUUCCCAUCGAGAAGAAAUUGAAGGACCUCCUUGUAUGGAUAAAGGAGGAUCUUGGGCCAUGGGGACCGCUUGUUCUCUUGGUGGUGGUUAUCUUUUUGGGCUGCCGGUAGGGUUCAUUGCUGAUUCCAUAGGUGCCACAUUAGGCGCAACUGCUGCUUUCCUUGUUGGUAGAACGGUUGGUAGACCAUACAUUAUUUCCAAGUUAAAGAACUACCCAAAGUUUCAAGCUGUCACCAUAGCAGUUGAGAGAUCUGGCUUCAAGAUAGUUUUGCUCCUUCGGCUUGUUCCUUUACUUCCAUUUAACAUGCUGAAUUACCUCCUGUCUGUGACUCCUGUUCGUGUAGGGGACUUUAUGCUGGCAUCUAUGCUUGGUGUAAUGCCAAUAACAUUUGCACUAGUCUAUGUCGGGACAACAUUGAAUGACCUUUCUGCUAUUACACAUGGAUGGGCUGAAGCCUCAAAAAUGCGCUGGAUAUUCAUGGUGCUGGGUUUGGUGAUAUCCGGUGAGUUCACUCGAAACUCGUUUUUAGUUUCAGGGACAAUGAACUUGUUUUGUUAAUUUCAAUGUCCCACAGAAGUGGAUUGCUGAUGGUCAAGAAUCGUGUAAAUGUCGACCAGUGAUUAAGGAAAAUGGAAAGAAAUAAAGAAUGGAUUAACUAAAAGUUGUGCUGAACACUCUCUAUCCUGCCACUGUUGUUCGCUACCAGUUCCGAGCAUUGCACCUAUAGAUGGUGGUAGUGAUCAACCUUACAUCAAUCUAUAGAUAAAACGAAGUCAAGCUUAGUUCACAUGUAGCAGGAACCAAACUUCGCAUUGCUCAGUUACAUGACUAAUAUAUUGGUAGAAUGAACAUAAACUGCGAUUUGACUUUGAGUGAGAACUACUGAUUUUCUCACACUGGUGGUUGCUUUGUACAUAGGCGUUCUCUUCUUCUUGAUCGGUAGAAUCGCCAAAGCUGCUCUGGAGAAAGCCUUGUCUGAAAAUAGUGACUUGGAAGCUGCUGCAACAACAACAACGUUACUGGAUUCGUCAUUGCCUCUAAUAAUUACGGUAGAUCCUGUGGGUGGGGGGUGAUACUAUGGAGAAUUGGAAGCGCAGCAUGAGCAGCCAAUUUUGCAGGUGAAGUGUCAUUCUGUUCUAGUGAUUGAUCUUUCCCUCGAGGAACACAGAGAGAGAGAGAGAGAGAGGUCUCUUCUCUGUAGAGUUGCUAUAAUUUCAUUGCCCACAUUAUUAGAGAAAUAAGAGGAUGCCACUGUAAAUUCUUUCUUUGUUUUUAUUACUCCGGUGACUCGUUUGGAGUGUUCGACGUGUAUAGCUACCAUUACCUACAGAAAGUAACUUCAUUUAUACUCGUGAAGAAGAAGAAUGCGAUCUACAGUAGCCCUAUAUUUGAUGAGUUAUUCAUGCUUCCUUAAUGGAUUUGUAACUGAAAUUCUAGGUUAACGAGACAAAGAGAACUCCUUAAUGCUACGAAUUCUCCUUUUCAC